AUGGGAAGUAUAUAUGCUGAUGUAAGUCCACCGUGUCGAGACAAUAUAAAGUCAGCAUUUGAAGAAAUCCACGAAAAAGUGUAUACAAAAGAAGGAAGGAAGGAACUGGUUCAGAAGCUUGAAUUGGACGCUGACUUCCCGACUGAAGUAAUGCCAGUGGAUAUUCAGUUCUUCCUCUCGAAUGUUAUUGGUAUAUUUCAAGGCAUCAAUCAGUACACAGGCGAUAACAGAGUUAGUUUUAAGGGUGGUGAAAUUGCAAAACAUUAUGUUAGUAACAUUGUUCGAAUUUUAUAA